AUGAAGGAAAGCGAACCCAUCGAUUGCAGCUGUCACAAGCAACUGAACCAGCGAAUCAGCCAGAACAUGGGCAACGUUAUGGACCGCAAGGUAUCACCCACGCCCACGCCGACGCCCAUCGAUGCCAAGCCCAGGGAGCCAGAGCAAGUGGAAGAGAAAAAGGAGGCACCCAAGCUCGACACAAAUCUACCGCUGCAAUUGUUCUGCUAUCGCCAGCAGUUGUCGGGCAAGAAUCAUCACAUGAUGAAGUGGGCCACAUCCAAGCUGCUGCUCACCGAGGAGCUGCUCAAGCUGCAGCAGACACAUAGUCCCUUGGCUCCCUGUUUUCCCUGGGAUAAUUAUGAGGCUACAAUGCUAGGGGAGGAUGUAGAUGGAGAUGGCGAUGAGGAGAACAGAGCUCCCAAUAACGAUGACCUGUCCCGAGAGCUGACCACUCUCAAGAGCUAUCGCAUGGAAUUACGCGAAAUCAUCCUCAAAGUGGCACACAAAAAGAAGACAAGGAAUUCGCAGAAGAAACUGAAGCGUUUGAAUCGGCGCACGCUGAUCUCCUCGAAGAAGCCCAGCAACAAGGCACAUCGCAAGCCGCAGUACAACGAAUGGCUGCUGGGUGAAGACGAGCCAGAAUGUCCCCUUCAAGCAGACUCUCUGCAGCCAUGCCCGCAGGUGCACCCAGAGGUUAUCACCAUUGACUGAUCCCCCACGCGGAUCGAACUGAAAGUAGUCCCUAGUUGUAGUUUAAUUAGCUAGUUUAGUCGUUACACUAAUUAUAGUUGUACAUACAAACUGUUUUUAUUUCCA